AUGCAGGGACAAUCAAGCUUGGAAAGUAACUCUGACAGCGGGUCCGUGCCCGGCUCAGACGACUACGGCUCUGGGUGCAGUAUACCUGGUUCCGACUCAGACUACACUGAGCCUGGCACACCCGUCGAUCUUCACCAUCCCGUCGAGGUGGCCCUCUACUCGCCCAGCCGCUCUUUGGACGAGGACCAAGGGUAUGCCGUGACUCUCCCAAAAUCUAUAUCUCGCGAGGACUACUCCCGGCGCUCCCUGGCGAUCUCUCCCUCCUCUGGUCCCACUUCCGCCGACAUAAUGCCUCAAUUUCUCAAACUCAUCAGGAGCCCAGACCUUUGCGAAGGAGACGAAUACCGGCUUUCCAAAUACUUCACUCAGAUUUGGAACCUUCAGCUGGAGUGGCAGAAUGCCGGUUGCGAAGGCUGGGUGACGAAGGACAUUACAGACGGUAUGAAUGAGCAGCUGUAUGAGCUCAUGCAGAAGAAGGUGGAUGCUAUGCGGGAGUGGGAGUUGGGCGAGGGAGAGUACCGGUGUUGGUUGCUGUUCAUACGAUGUAUAAGAAUGGACUUCUGGCCUAAGCAGGGUAAAGCCGUCGUCAUUGCGCCGACCUUCCAAGAGGACAUGGCGUACUCUAUGACAAAGCGCUUCGGCAACACGUUCAAAGAGAGCGAUCUCAACCCCAUUCAGUCUGCGUUGACCAUACCGUCCGACAUGGUUGUGAAAGCCCCGGACGUGCACUUCAGCUUCAGGUACAACACUGUGCUCAAGGAACCCCGUAGCAAUGCGGCGUCAAUGCCCUUCUUCUGUGUAGUUGCUCAGAGCUCCGAAGAGUUCCUGUAUGAAACCAAGAAGCUGGCGUGGGUCGUGGAGUCUAACGCCCUCUGCGGGCUGCAAGGAUUUCUUGUUGCCCUUGUCGCCGAGGUCGACGAGAUCACCACCCCUGACAAGCUGUACUUCCCCAACGCUUUACGCCUGCUAAUACUCCAUCUCAACACCAUCAACAAGGCCAGCAACCUGAAUAUUCGUUAUCCCAAAGGUCCUCCGCCCCAGAUGGUGUGUUGCACGGCAUACUACGAACGUGAGCUGUUUCCUGCAUUCGUGGAGCAAGCGAGAUCCGCCACCUCUGUGACGGACUGGUCCAACAGCGACCGCUUCAUGUGGUUGACGUCCAUGCGCAAUGGACCGAGCGUCUUCCCACCGGAUCGAUGGACGAUAUUCGCGCAAUGUGUCCGCUCAAUCGUCGACGGCUAUGCCGCUGAAGCACGGACAACCGCCUCACCCAGCUCCACCUAUCCAAAGCACACCGUAACGGAUGAGGAGUACCGUACGGCGCUCCUCCGCAUCCUCCCGCAAUCCCUCGCGAGCGACCUGCAACAGGUCGUGUUCCAGGUUUUGGAGGGGAUCGUGUCAGUCAGGGCGGGCAAGCGCAGGGUCACACGGCUUGCGGCGGCGAGUCCUUACAAGACUGAGGGGCUGUCCAGGUACGACGUCAUAGUGUAG